AUGAACUGCGGGUUUGGUCUCACAACCCUUGCUCACUCAAAAUCUGUGAAACUUUUAAGACGACACAUCCUGUUGAUAUAUAGUAGGGGACAUAGUCCCAGGUGUGGUGUGGUGUCCAAUUCUGCCAGCAUGUGUGUGGUUAGCCUGGCUGGAUUAGCUAGAAGGGCUUCUGAGCAAAUGAGACAAUAACACCUAUACUGCCAGAAGUCAGGCUAUUGCUGGUUUGUGUCAUGUUGGUGGCCAAGAACAAAAGCAUUUCUCUCCUCUGGGAUUUAAACUCUAUUUUUAUGUAAAUUCUUCGAGAAAAAAAAUUCUAUUGUAUUGACCCCCAACAUGGCGGCCUUGUCAUGUGGUUGCAAACCAAGAAUUUGUGAGGUGUUGGAGCCCUCACUCAGGAACCUCUUGUAAGUGACCACUCCCCUUAUGAAAGUGUAGCUUUAUUGGAGUUCACCUAUGGGCAGUUUCAACAUACUAAAUUAAGUCAUGUCUCUUAUUUCAGUAAAUUGUGUCUUCUAUAUCCUUAAUCUUUGAACACAAAAAUCUGUCAGAGUUCUGUGACCAAUGAAUAAAAUGUUAUAGUAACUGGCAAGUCUCCCAGUUACCUCUUUCUAAAUUUUCUGGAUCUGCCCCUAAAAUAUUGUGCUAUCCUUGGGUUAUGCCAUCCCCGUUUUUAACAACCUGGCCAUACAGAAAGAGCAAAAUAUUGCUCGACAAAUGCUUGACUAAAUGAAAUGCUUAGCAAGGAAGGGAGUAACUUGGGGCUAUAUUCUAGGCCCCUCUGUUUGUGUAACAUUUUAUGGUUUGUGGUUUUUAUUGGUUCAGAUGCCAGAAAUUAAACUACAAAGCUCAGAUGGAGAAAUUUAUGAAGUUGAUGUAGAAGUGGUCAAAGCAUCUGUCACAAAAACUAUGCUUGAAGGUGAGUUCAAAGGAGAAGCCCUUUUUGUGAUUACACGUAACAUUGUGAAAUGAUGAAUGUUUGAAUUUUGAUGAUGAAGAAAUAAGUGCAGAGAUGAUCAUCACAUCUCUACAGUUACAUAACAUUGUAUUCAGUAUUUAUUACACAGUUUCAUAUCUACAAACAUGUUGGAGAAUUAAUGUUGAAUGUGUUAUUAUAAAUAGGCAUAAGACAUCAGGACAUUAUUUUAUUUUUUAAAAAAUAGAAAUGGCUUUACUUUAGGGGAACUUCACUCUAUAUUAAUAACUCAAGUAAGUGCAUGAGCAAAUGGCAGUUUGAUGUGCGUGAAAAUUACUGGCUAUGUACAGUGAAUUAUGAUUGACAGUUGGUGCUUAUUUUAGAGUGGGUUUCAUUUUUGUUUUAGAGAUUGUAAAAACUUGACUGAACAACAGUCAGGACCAUCUCAAGGUGCUUUUUUGACAGUGUCAAUCUUAGAGAGUCCAUAGGAAAAAGUUGUACAGGGCUUUGUGCAAGGAAAAAAAUGAUGCCACAGAAAGCUAAUAUUUUGAGAUUAAAAUGCAGGCUGUUUACUCAACUUAAGGUCUUUUUGGUUUGACCCAUAUUACCAUGCUUCAAUUUUUAGAUCUUGGCAUGGAUGAAGACGAUGAUGAACCAGUCCCACUUCCCAAUGUCAAUGCAGCCAUUCUUGCCAAGGUAAAUAUAGUGCAUCAUAGAUACACCCUUUUUAUAUGGAGCCUGUGUCAUUUGCUAGUGUUGAAGAGGUUUCAUUUGAAUGGUUACACAGGAUUACCUGAAAUAGAGGUGCGUGAGAUCGCGAUAAGGAAACAAGGAGGCAAGGAAGGAAGGUAG